UGCGGGGCGGGCGCGCGGGGCUGCUCGGGGCCGGCGGGCGGACGCGCGGGCGCGGCACCUGCGGGCUGGAGCUGCGGGCUGCGGCCGCGCUGGGGCGCCGAGGCCGCCGCGGAGAUGAGCGCAGUGUCACAGCCGCAGGCUGCUCCCAGCGCCCUGGAGAAGCCGCCUGGCACGGCCAUCCUGUGCAACACCUGCGGGAACGUGUGCAGGGGCGAAGUGCUGCGGGUCCAGAACAAGUACUUCCACCUCAAGUGCUUCAUCUGCAAAGCGUGCGGCUGCGACCUGGCCGAGGGCGGCUUCUUCGUGCGCCAGGGCGAGUACAUCUGCACGCUGGACUACCAGCGCCUCUACGGCACCCGCUGCUUCCGCUGCGACCGCUUCAUCGAGAGCGAGGUGGUGUCGGCGCUCGGCAGGACCUACCACCCCGCCUGCUUCGUGUGCGCCGUCUGCAGGCUGCCCUUCCCGCCGGGGGACCGAGUGACCUUCAAUGGGAAGGAGUGCAUGUGCCAGAAGUGCUCCCUGCCCACGUCGGGGGGCAGCGCCCUCCUGUCCCCCGGCCUCCGGAAUUGCGGGGGCUGCGGCACAGAAAUAAAAAAUGGGCAGUCCCUGGUGGCUUUGGACCAACACUGGCACUUGGGCUGCUUUAAGUGCAAGACCUGUGGGAAGCUCCUGAACGCCGAGUACAUCAGCAAGGACGGGCUGCCUUACUGUGAGGACGACUACCACACGGCGUUCGGCAUCCGCUGUGACAGCUGUGAGAAGUACAUCACCGGGCGCGUGCUGGAGGCAGGCGAGAAACAUUAUCACCCUUCGUGUGCACUAUGUGUCAGGUGUGGCCAGAUGUUUGCAGAAGGCGAAGAAAUGUACCUCCAAGGCUCGUCCAUCUGGCACCCCGCGUGUAGGCAGGCAGCCCGGACCGAAGACAAAAGCAAGAUGCAGAGCCAGCUCUGCCAGCAGGCCUGCCCGGGCACCGCCCCUUGGGCCUUGCAGGAAACUAGAACAUCCUCCGAGAGCAUUAUUUCUGUCCCUGCUUCAAGCACCUCAGGGUCCCCGAGCCGCGUGAUUUACGCAAAGCUGGGCGAUGAGAUUCUUGACUACAGGGACCUGGCCGCCCUCCCGAAGAGCAAGGCCAUCUACAACAUCGACCGCCCCGACAUGAUCUCCUACUCGCCGUACAUCAGCCACUCCGCGGGGGACAGGCAGAGCUACGGCGAGGGCGACCAGGAUGACCGGUCCUACAAGCAGUGCCGGACCUCCAGCCCCAGCUCCGCGGGGUCUGUCAGCCUCGGGCGCUACACCCCGACCUCGCGGUCACCUCAGCACUACAGCCGAGCAGCUGGUACUGAGAGUGUUGGUACCAGUAGCUGCCUCUCCUUGUCCCAACACCCAAGCCCUACAUCCGUGUUCAGACAUCAUUACAUCCCCUACUUCCGAGGCAGUGAAAGUGGCCGGAGCACCCCCAGCCUCUCCGUGCUCUCAGACAGCAAGCCUCCUCCCUCCACCUACCAGCAGGCUCCUCGCCACUUCCACGUCCCAGACACUGGCGUAAAAGAUAACAUCUAUAGGAAACCCCCUAUCUACAAACAGCAUGCAGCGAGGCGGUCAGAUGGAGACAACGGCAGUUUCGAGCAGGAUAACCGGAAGCAGAAGGCCAGCUGGCUGACUCUCAAGGGGGACACUGAGAGCAGGACCAACUCCCCGGACAGCCAGUCCUUGUCCUACAGCAGUGGACCCGAUAGAGACCCUCUCCAAAGAAUGCAAGGGGACAACUUUUACUCACAACACCAAUGUGGCCCCUUGUGGAGGAGACCUGGAUGCCAGCUGGGGCACGCGAGAAUACAAGACCUACCCCUACGACAGCCUCAUCGUCACCAACCGCAUUCGCGUGAAGCUGCCCCAGGAUGUGGACCGGACAAGGCUGGAGAGACACCUGUCGCCGGAGGACUUCCAGGAGGCGUUUGGGAUGCGCAUCGACGAGUUCGACCGCCUGGCGCUCUGGAAGAGGAACGAGCUGAAGAAGAAGGCGCUGCUCUUCUGACGGCCGCGUGGGGUGGCAGGGACGCAGACGCCAGGCCGGAACACGCAGACCACCCCUCCCCGCACCUUCCUGGGGCUUGUCUGUGUGCACGGGCGUGGGCAGUGGGCGUCCCGGCGCGGGCUGGGCGGGGGCCUCGGCUGCAGCCCCCGGUUCUGCCGGUGACGCUCCCGCGCGCAGCUUAGGUCCGCGACGCCUGCUUCUCGCCACCCGCUCCCCGCUGGCGCUCGGUGUCCAGGGAGAGGCCUGGCUGGCACCGGAGAGGGGUCGGGGCCUUUAGACGGCCACAGCGCCCCGUCUGGGUGACAAGGCUUGAGAGAGAGGAGGCUUGUGCCCGACGCACACGGACGCCGCCGUGGGGGGGUGGGCACAGGCAGCUUCCGGGGCCCCCUGCCCACUCAGCCCUGCCCCACGGACGGGCACGCACGGCCUCGGGGUCUUACAGGCCAGCAGGGAGUGGAUGCUGAGCUUCCAGGAGGAGCUUUCUUAGGGAUAAAAGUUAACCCAGCCUCGCGCCUUCCAUCCGUGUGCCCAGAACACCGUCUUCUUCCACGGCACCCCUAGAUGCCUAAAUGAGAUAUUUAAAGUAACACAGAAGUUUUUAUUUUAUUAAAAAGCAUAGCCUACGUCAACUUAAGACGACAUAUAUGAAGAGUCAUUUAUGGCCCCCUCGGGGGGGAGCACCUCCAGCCUUAUCUCCCCCGUCCCUUCCCCGCAGUCUCGGGUCUGGGCGUCUUCCUAGCAGUGGACGGGCCUUCUUAUCUGUUGUUUCUUUUUUCUUUUUCACAUGUCACCCAAGCCACCCAGAGGACAGACCCGUUCCAAAUGAUGCUCUUUGUAAAUAAGCGUGUGGUAGAGCCCCCGCUGUUUCCCUCGCAGUUAUUUUCCAAGUCUUGGAGAGGGGGCAUCCCUCUCGGACGGUCGGAGUCCUGGCAUAGGGAAUGCCCAUGCCCCCGGCCUAAUCCACGUCCGGCAGAGCGUGCGCUGUGCCCUCUUUGUGACGCAGCCAGUGGCGGUUGCGCUUACCCGGGUACAGCCCCAUGCACACCCCGGAGUGACACGGAAGAGCCAAGCGGACCCCGGUGGCGGCAGAGAGUGGAGAGGCUGCCCCUCUUUAAGCUGCCAAGUCGGCAGAGCAUCCCAGCGCGGGCAGGUGCCAGGGUUUCCAGCAGGAAGAUGUUUGCAUCUGUCAUCAGGGAUGGGUUAAAACACGGUGCCUGUCACAGAAUGUUCACAAAGCGCAUCGAGGGGUUUUUGGAAUCCCCGAAACAUGCCGUCCCGGUGUGUCUUCCAGUCACCUGUCCUGAGCAUCCCACCCACGAGUCUGUGUCUCCCGGCUUCCUCACGGCCCCGCAACAUGCCAAGCCCGCUUCCGCUCCCGGCUUCUCACCGGCUUGGCCAGGGCGGGGGGUUCUGGGCCCCUAGCCCGCGUCCUUUCGUUUGGCAGUCUCCGCCUGAGCAGCUGGACGCGCCCAUUGCCUCGUGAGCACAGUGUCUGCCCCCAAGGAAGCCUGGAAAAAUAAAAGAUGACAUAUCAACUCGCCAAAGUG